AACUUGCAUUUCUUGAAGGACACUCAGCCAAAUAUGGCAGCUACACCAUGAUGGAUCUCAAAAGAAACAAAGUUAUUGAUAUCCAACUUGUACAGAGCAAUGAAGUUGGGAAUAGUGUGCGAAUGGAGAAGGAGGGAUUUGUGCGAAGUCUGAGCACACUUUUGGAGAGGGGGGUCGAUGUGCAGCAAGUCGUGACUGACCGCCACACAGGAGUGCAGAAGUAUUUGAGGGAGGAAAAAAAGGAAAUCAGUCACUACUUUGACCCCUGGCACAUGGGAAAAGGAAUUGGUAAGAAAAUCGAAGAGCUGGGGAAGAGAAAGACGACCCAGGAUGUGAGACUGUGGAAGCAAAGUGUGGUGAACCACCUCUACUGGUCAGCAUCCAGUUCCUCCUCAGGACAGGAGGCAGUUGCAAAGUGGACUUCAGUUGCCAACCACAUCCAAAAUGUGCACAGCCAUGACAACGCCCUGUUCCCUAGCUGUCUGCAUGCACCUCUGGAUGGAGAACAGGCAAGACAGUGGCUCAAACCAAGCACAGCAUCAUGUGAGAAGCUCACUGCCAUUCUGUUAGCUCCACGGUUUGUGAAGGACGUAGAGAAGAUAAGCCCUCAGUACCACACAUCCACCUUGGAGGCUUUCCACAGUCUCAUCAUCAGAUUUACUCCAAAAAGUCAAGUCUUCUCCUUCAAAGGAAUGCUGUCUAGAUUACAAAUUGCUGCAAUGCACUAUAAUGAAAAUGCAGCACGCUCACAUGCAGCAACAGCAACUGGUGAGCUGAGAUAUGCUGUAGUGUACCCAAAGUACAAACAUGGAGACUACACAGUGAGAGCCCUGAAGACCAAUCCAACCUCAUUAUAUGUGCACAAGCUUAUGGACCUGCUGUUCGACUCUGUGGUGGUGGAUCCUCUCCCAUAUCAGGAGUACUCGGACAAAAUUACGGUUCCAGAACCGCUCUGUGCCCAGUUCCAAAGACCAGAUAAACGGGAUGCUGUGAGCAGGCACAGGUCCAGGUUUUAA